AAGAUGAACCUUUGCUUUGGGGACCGCAGGCGUGCAAAGCUACAGAAGGAGCUGGCAGCUGUGCUGGAGGACACUGUGGGAGGCCUGGAGAAGCUCGGCUGCUUCCUGGAUGCAGUGGGGAGGCUGGCGGUCGCCUCACUUCCUGUGUCCACAGAGGAGAACCAGGUGUUACGCCUUCCCAACGGGACCAUCCUUGAACAUUUUGAGGUCCUUGUCAUUGUCACACAAAUAAUCUGCCCUCUCCUCCUCGAGUUUAAGAGAGAUGCACAAGUCUUCUUCCUCCCCCGGCUUCAGAUCAUGUCGCAUCAGUUGGAUAAAUGCAUAAAGACCACCCAGAAGAUCUGCGAGGAGUUAGAGAAAAGAUCUGUUGGCGACAGCUGCCCGACGACACCUGUGGUGGAGGUCGAUGUGACGUCGUCUGAGGAGGACGUGCAGAGGAAGCUCUGUCAUGUCAGUGAGCUGUUACACACCAGGGAUGACCAGCGGUUUCGACUGGUGUUUUUGCUCCAGGAAGAGUUAUGUCGUAGAUUCAUCACUGAGUUCAACAAGCGACGGCCCAGGAUGAGGCAGUUUCUACAUGACCUGGAGGACAUUGCUGAUCAGCUUGACAAGAUGAAGAAGACGGCAAAGAUCUCCGGAGUGGCAGGCGGCUCAGUGGGGGCGGUUGGAGGUGUGCUUUCCAUUGUUGGGUUGGCGUUAACCCCUGUUACAGCAGGAGUGACUCUAGGUCUGGCAAUGACAGGGUUAAGUCUGGGACUCACCAGUCUCGUCACCAGUGCUGUCACCACAACUGCAGAGACUAGAGUAAAGCGUAAACAUCAAAAGAAAGCCAGUGAGGUCUUCCAGAGCUUCAUGGAGGACGUGCAGCGUCUCCAGGACUGUCUGCAGGAGGCGACCGGUCAACCUGUCUCCAGAAUGGAAGCGAGUAAGAUCGAUGUGGCUCAGGGAAUACCCAGAGUUCUGACUGAUAUUGGUGGUAUAGGAACAAAUACUGAAACCGGUGUUGAAGGUGGAGCAUUAGAUGCAUGCGAUGUGCCUCAGAUGACAGCAGCCAGGACUGGUUUAAUCACAGUCAGUGCUUUUUUCCUCGGCUUCAACAUCUUGUCCAUCUGCAAAAACAGCCUCAGUCUGGCCAGAGCUGCAAAAGGUGGAGCUUCACAGUCCAUCAGGGCCACAGCGAAACUUUGGCACUUAGAGAUGGACUCAUGGGAGAAGAUCUGUGGAUCCUUGUGUCAAAGCCUGUCAACAUCAAAAAACAAAGCUAUCCUGGAUACGCCAUUUUAUCCAGAGAAGAAGGAGAACAAGAAGGAGAGAGACACAGAAUCAACAGGCCUGUUUGGUGAUUUCAUGGCACCAAAGACUGUGUUUACACUAAGGUGUGAGAUCCUGACGAUGCUGUCGCUGGACAUGGCGACAGGACCUGAAGGGAGCAGUAACGCAGGGAAAAUCCUCAGUGAAGCAGUCAGCAGUUGA